AUGUCUAGUCAGCGUCUGGUCUUAGGUCUCCCGCGUGUCUUGCCGUCGCUGCCGCCGUCCCUUGCACCACCGUGCGGUCCUUGCGUCGAGGGUCGGCUGCGCGCCACCCCUCACUCCUCCUCCCUUCGUCCGGCCACCGAGCCGUUUGAGACGCUUCACCUGGACGUCUGGGGCCCCGCCUCUCGCCUUGGCCCUGAGCGUGAGCGUUUCUUUCUGGUGGUUGUUGACGACUACUCCCGCUACACCACGGUGUUCCCCCUGGCGAAGAAGUCUGAGGUGACUUCUACGCUGAUCAGGUGGUUGCUCAACACCGCAGACACUCGUGGUCGUCGUGUCAGCUGUCUUCACUCCGACCGCGGGGGUGAGUUUCGCUCCGGCAUUCUCGCUGGAUUCUGUCGCGAGCAGGGCAUUCGUCAGUCCUGGACGCUUCCAGAGUCCCCGCAGCAGAAUGGGGUUGCUGAGCGCCGCAUAGGCUUGGUCAUGGAGAUCGCCCGCACCUCCCUGACUCACGCCCGUGCCCCCCAUUUUCUGUGGCCUUACGCGGUUCGGUACGCCGCGCACCAGCUGAACCUCUGGCCACGCGUCUCUCGGCCAGAGGCUUCACCGACCAGUCUUUGGACCGGGUCCCCUGGUGUUGCGUCGAGGUUUCGUGUCUGGGGUUGCUUGGCUCUUGUCCGCGACACCUCUGCGGACAAGCUCUCGCCUCGCGCCGUCCCCUGUGUCUUCCUUGGAUUUCCUGAGGACUCCUCUGACUUUACCUUUUACCACCCUCCCUCUCACCGGUUCUUUGACUCCCGUGACGUCCGUUUCGAGGAGUCCACCCCGUACUUCGUCAGGCACCCCAGUCGAGGUCUCCCAGUUCCUCCUCCCCCCCUCUUCCUGACUGCCGCUCCCCCUCCUGCUCCCCCGGUACAGCCUCCCCCCCCUGGUCCAGCCCCGUCAGGUGCUAGCUCUCGAGAGGUUGGUGCCGAGCCUGUUCCUGUACCGGUUUCUGGUUCUGGGGGUGCUGGAGUUGGAGCUGAGCCGGUGGGUGCAGAGGACUCUUGUCUUCCGGGAGCUGGUGCUGGUCGCGCGGACACUGGAGGUGCUCCGUCUUGGGGUGAGGGUGCGCCUCCUUCAGGUUCUGGUGAGCCUGGGUCUGGAGCUGGUGUUGGUGCUGCCUCUGGGGGUGGUGUGCCUGGUCCUUCGGGGGUGGACUCUGGAGCUGCCGCUGCUCCGGACACUACUCCGCCCCCCCACCCCUACCCGACUAGGCACCAGGCUCGUGUUCGCCGUGCCCGUGAGGAGCAGCUGGCGUUGGAGAGAGAGGAGAGGGAGUUACAGCGGCUGGAGGAGCAGCAGCAGCAGCAGCUGGAGCCGCAGGAGCAGCAGCAGCAGCAGUCCCAGCAGCAGCCGCAGCCGCAGCAGCAGCAGCACCACCAGCAGCAGCAGCAGCAGCCACUUCCUCCUCCUGUCUCGGGCCUUCGGACCCUUGGUCUCCCCUCUCCUUCUCCUCCCUCCCCCGCCUCUCCUCCUGUCUCCGGUCCCACGUUUCCUCCUCCUGACUCCUCCCCCGCUGUUUUCCCCAGUUCUCCGCCUUUGUCCUCUCCUCCUCCGUCUCGUACUUGGGCUACUCGUCGCUCUCCUCGUGCUCAUCCCUCGUCCCCUGUUCCUUUCACUGACCUUCGUACUGUCUUGUUCCGUUCUAGUCCGUCUCGUUCGGCUCCUCCUGUGCUUCCUUCUCCUCCUGAGUCGGCCCUCACAGCUUCUCUCUCUACCCCUGUCACUGACUACUACCGCACGUACCGUCCUGUUCUCUCUCGUGUUCUCGCCUCUCUUGUUACCCACCCUCGUGCCUCUUUGUCCUCUGUCUCUGCUCUUACUGCCGCGGUCACUGAGUUUUCCUCUACUCGCCGCCUUGACUACGCCACCACUCUUGUGGCUGCUCCUCCUACCAGUCCUCUGGCCGUCGGGGGUGUGUCUGCCCUUGGCUGUGACGUCCUAGAGGACAGGCAGUUUGAGCUAGAGUUCCUGGCAGCCGCUUCCCCUCAUCUCUGUGCCAUGCUCCUCACCCCUGAGGGUGACCCCGACGCCCUUGACAUUCCCACUCCUCGCACUUACGCUGAGGCAGUGUCAGGGCCUUGGGCCUCUCAGUGGAGAGCUGCCAUGGACGCAGAGAUGGCCUCCUACAGAUCCACAGGCACCUACGUCGAUGAGGUUCCCCCCCCUGGGACGAACGUAGUCGAUGGCAUGUGGAUCUACAGGGUGAAGCGGCCGCCGGGAUCUCCUCCAGUCUUCAAGGCGCGCUACGUUGCUAGAGGUUUCAGUCAGCGCGAGGGAGUUGACUUCUUUCAGACCUUCGCGCCGACCCCGAAGAUGACCACUCUUCGGGUGUUACUGCACGUAGCAGCACAGAGAGACUACGAGUUACACUCUCUCGACUUCUCCACUGCUUUUCUUCAGGGCAGCCUACACGAGGAGGUCUGGCUGCGUCGUCCCUCUGCCUUCACUGGCACUUUCCCUCCUGGGACCCAAUGGAGGCUGAGGCGACCUGUCUACGGUCUUCGCCAGGCACCUCGUGAGUGGCACGACACUCUUCGCUCUACCCUCUCUGACCUUGGGUUCCAGCCGUCUUCUGCCGACCCGUCGCUGUUCGUUCGCCGUGGCUCCACACCGUUCUUCGUUCUGGUUUACGUCGACGACCUAGUUUUCGCCACUGCUGACAGGGUUGCUUUGGCAGACGUGAAGUCCGAACUGCAGAAGAGACACACGUGCACUGACCUUGGUGAGCUGCGCCAUUACCUUGGGCUGCAGAUCACCAGGGACAGAGCUGCUCGCACCAUUACACUCUCACAGUCACACAUGGUGCAGCAGGUCCUUCAGCGGUUCGAGCUUCAGCACUCCACAGUACAGCGCACACCUCUUGCUGUUGACCACAGACUCACUGGCCCCUUUCCUGACGAGCCGUUUGAGCCUAGUGGUCCCUACGCAGAGCUUGUGGGUUGCCUCAUGUACCUGAUGACGUGUACUCGCCCGGACCUCGCUUUCCCUCUCAGCAUCCUUGCGCGCUUUGUUGCGCCAAGGAGACACCGUCCUGUUCACUGGACAGCAGCUGUGAGGGUGGCGAAGUACCUAGCGACGACAUCAGGCGUGGGGCUAGUACUUGGAGGGCAGCAGUCUGUUGUACUUACUGGUCACUGUGACUCUUCUUACGCUGACGACGCUGAGACUCACAGGUCUACUCAGGGGUACUAUUUCAGCCUGGGUUCUGGAGCUGUUUCCUGGCGGUCCACGCGCUCCUCUUCGGUCUCGACCUCUACAGCUGAGGCUGAGAUCUACGCUGGUGCCAUGGCGGCACAGGAGCUGCGUUGGUUGACGUUCUUGCUCGCCGACCUGGGUGAGCGGCCGAGCUCUGCACCGACCUUGUUCACUGACAACAAGGCAUCCAUUCUCCUUUGUCGAGAGCCGCGACUGGAGAGCAGAGUGAAGCACAUUAACGUCAGGUACUUCCUUCUGCGAGAGUUGCAGAGGCGUGGACAGGCUCGCUUCGAGUUUGUGGAGUCUGAGGCCAACACUGCAGACAUCUUUACCAAGGCGCUUCCGCCUUGUGACCACCACAGGUGUUGUGUGCAGUUAGGCCUUGUUGACACUGGUUUUCGGCUUACUUAG